CGCCGUUCCAGUUUUGAUUCUCCAUCAUUCUCUGUAUCAACGCAGCACUCACAAUGUAAUACCAAUAAUACCCCUUUCAUUUCCAUUGAGAUUCUCGCAAAACCCCUAUUAAUUAGCUUAAUUACUUCUAUACUGCUUCCAUCAAUGGCCGCCGAACUCUCUGUCGUUCUACCCCGAGUCCUCAUCGUCUCCAGAAGAACCGUCCGCAAGAACAAAUUCGUCGAUUUCGUCGGAGAAUACCAUCUAGAUCUUAUCGUGAGCUAUGGAGCAGUCCCUGUCAUCGUCCCAAGGGUCGCUGGGGUCCACAUGUUGCUGGACAGUUUCGAGCCGAUCCACGGCGUUCUCCUCUGCGAGGGCGAGGAUCUGGAUCCGUCCCUCUACGAGGCAGGUGCGCCGUCGGAUCUCCCUCCCGAGGAGUUGGACGAGAUUCGACGGCUGCACGCAAGCGACACCGCUGUCGAUAAGGAAAAGGACACAAUUGAGCUUAGCCUCGCUAGGGUUUGUCUCCAGAGGAAUAUUCCCUUCUUGGGAAUAUGCCGUGGAUCUCAAGUGCUCAAUGUUGCAUGUGGGGGUACAUUGUAUCUGGACGUUGAGAAGGAAGUGUCCAAGAAGAUCCCGACGGAGGGAGACCAGAAGGCCGUGAAGCACAUAGAUUACGACAACUACGACGGGCAUAGGCAUGUCGUUAAGGUUGUCGAGGACACGCCAUUGCGGGAGUGGUUUAAGGAUUCGUUGGAGAUGGGGAAGAUGGAGAUUUGGGUAAAUAGCUAUCACCACCAAGGAGUCAAGAAACUGGCCCAGCGGUUCGUUCCGAUGGCGUUUGCCCCGGACGGAUUGAUCGAAGGGUUCUAUGACCCGGAUUGUUACGACCCGGGUCAAGGGAAGUUCAUAAUGGGGCUCCAGUUCCACCCGGAGCGGAUGAGGAAAUCGGAUUCUGAUGAAUUUGACUACCCCGGAUGCCCCUUUGCCUAUCAGCAAUUUGUUAGGGCGGUGGUUGCCUAUCAAAAGAAGCUUGCCACCACAAGCAACAUCCCCAAGUCCCUAAAGCUUAAUCAAGAAAUGGAGAAAAGGAGGAAAAUAAUAGUGAGAAGCUUCUCCCUGGCCCGGAACAUAUACAAUAAUAGCAGCAAUUUGAGAAUUUCCGACAAGGAGUCCGAAUUAGAAGCGGGUGCAGAAUUUCUAGAGUCGAAUACAGUGUUAAGUGAGCAACAAGAGAAGAGGUUGAAGCAGAUGGGUGCGACGGUGAGAAACGGAAGCUCUUACAUGGAGAGUAUGAAGCUGAAUGAGGAGAGGGAAGGGUUGGCAAGGAAGGUGAUGGGGAAGAUGAGCGUUGACCAACUUUACGACCUCAGUUCCUUCUACCGCAUGAUGGGGAAGAUCUGCUCUGAAGUUUUGGAAAACAAACUCCUAGAUUUGGUGUACGAGGUUGCCCACUAAAGCCGCCUUGCUAGCUUGCCCCUAUCCAUCAAUAUACUAGAAUGUAAUGUAUAUUGUAAAUGUUCAACACUUCAUCGAACAUGCUAGGAGAAAGAGUAACUUCAUAUAAUUCAUAUUAUGUGUCUCUAAAGAAGAAGAAAGAAGACAAAUAAAUGUAAAAGGGAUUAUAUUGUGGGUUUGAAAAUUAUAAUUCUAUAUUGAUAGACUAAUAGUUAAAAGUAUUGUGUUG